AUGCAAUCACCUUCCCCGUCCCAAUCUCGCGCCGCACCAUGGAUCGAUGCGAAUGAUGCCGAGGAAGCCUUGCUUUCUCUUCUCAAGGACCUUUUAUACAAGGAGGUAAUCCCCUUGGCUGAUGUGUUUGCUGAGCGUGCCAAUACACAACUCACCGAUACCCUCUCUGAGAUCUCUGCGAAGAUGGAGGAUUUCAAUAUCCUCUAUAGGAAGAUGGAGGCUGCGUUGGCAAAUCUUGAAAGUCAGAUGCCGAUCGGCGAGACUUCGAAAGAUGUGCCCGACUUUUUGAAGAUUGUUCUGUCAGAUUCUGACAUUGAAAACUUCUCUUCGAACGGCCUCAGUUCAGUCACCAUGUGCCAGACUUUGGCACAGCUCCCUGGUCCGCACUGGAAGCGAAUCGAGAGCAUCACGUAUCUCGAUGUCAAUGAACAUACCAGAGAGAGACCGUGCCUUUUGAUCAAGGUCAAGACACUCGAAUCCGGAAAAGCGAUUCGAAGUGAAUUUGCCAGAUUGAGUGCGGCCCUUGAAAUCAGUCAUGAGUGCUUCCUAUUGGAUUUCCGCUACUUUGUUCACGUCCUGGGUUUCACCGAGCACCCAAAGAUCAAGGAGCACGGCGAUCCCCGGUAUGUUAUUAAAAAGUGCCCUCUGCCCUUCAAGGAUCUCAAAGCCAAGGUCAGCCACAAAAUGCUCCUUUUAUCCACCACCAGCGUCGAUAUUGCCCUUCUUCUUUGUCGUUCGGAUAUUACAUUGAAUGGCAUUCAGUUUCACUGCAUUCCGUUCCCGCCUGAGGGUAUUCCGCUCUUCUGUUUUCGCUGUUGGUUGACCGGCCAUUUCUUUUAUUACUGCAAAGCACCCACACCUCGAUGUGGAAAAUGCAGCGAUAAUCACUUUACCAAGGAUUGUAACUCGGAUAUCCUUCGGUGCCCCAACUGCGCCGAAGACCACGCUGCUUGGGACCCCAGAUGUACCGCUCCCGCUUCCAGGAAAGAGCACACAGACUCAGCAGUCAACAGAAAGAAUGGUCCUGAGUGGGCUGUUAGACUCCGAGACGUAUCUGCUCCCAACGCUGUUGUGGCUGAUGCACCACAUGUCACUGCUACAGCCCCAACGAGCGCACCAGGACCAUCUUCUUCAACGGAAUCUUCAACAGAAUCUUCAUCGCAGGUCCCAAAGAAGAGGGGUGCCCCUACUACCAUUAAAAAAUUGGAGAAGCGUGAGGGUGGUCAACGCAUGAUUGUGAUGCCUACUGAUACGUCCUCAACUUCGAAAAGUUCUGCCGUAUUUGGCCUUACUAAAGAAGGGUUCGAUACCUCUCAGGCUGGUCACAUCGCCAGCAACACCAAGAACAAGGGCAAGGGCAAAUCCAAUAUACCCAUCGCAACAAGCCGAGCUACCUCUGAUGCCUCUUCUGACUCUGAUGCCUUUUCUGUCUCUUCUGCCCCUGCUGCCCCUGCUGCCCCUACCCCUACCCCUGCUGCCACCCCUGGUAAUCAGGUCACGGAUAGUUCUGGAACUCGACAGACAGGUGCAGCACAUGGUCGUGGAGGAGCUCGUGGAGGAGCUCACCCUGUCAGACAGGCCAGAACUCGCUCGCAAUACAAGAACUGA